AUGCCAGCAGAAAAUAAUAAUAACAAUAAUGCUGCUACUGCUGCAAAACCAGCAGACCCAGUUAAAAAAGAACCAGCAAAGAAAAAGGAUGAAAAGAAGGAAGAUGCUUUGUCAGCAGAAGAUGAAAAAUUAAAAGGAGAUUUAGAAAUGUUGGUAGAACGUGUUAAAGAUAGUAAUCAAGAACUUGCUUUAGCAGCUUUAGAAUCAUUAAAGACAGAGAUUAAAUCAUCAACUUCAUCAAUGACAUCUGUACCAAAACCACUUAAAUUCCUUGGUCCACAUUAUAAUAAUCUUACAGAAUUAUAUAAAACCUUUGAUGAAGGUAAAAAAAAGAAAUCAUUAGCAGAUGUAUUAUCAGUAUUGGCAAUGGCCAAUAGUAAGGAUGAUGCCAGAGAUACAUUGAAAUUCAGAUUAUUGGGAUCUGGAGAAUCGAUUAGUUCAUGGGGACAUGAAUACGUACGUCAUUUGGCCACAGAGAUUGGUCAAGAAUACCAAUUAAAGAGUGAAGAGACACAAUCGGUCGAUGAUCUUUUACAAUUGGUCGACGAAAUCAUUCCAUUCCAAAUGAAUCAUAACGCAGAGCCCGAUGCUUGCGAUCUUUUAUUCGAAGUGGAACAAUUGCCAAAGAUUCUAGGUUUUGUCGACGAUACAAACUAUCUACGUGUUGCUCUCUACCUCACCUCGUUUGCAAACUAUGUUCCAGGUCCUGAUGAUGUCAACAUUCUCAAAAUUGUCAUUGAUAUCUAUCUCAAAGCAAAACAAUAUCCAGAUGCUCUUAGAAUUGCUCUUAAAAUUUCAGACAAUACCCUUAUUAAUCAUAUUUUUACUUUAACUGAAAAGGAUUUACCAAUGUUACAACAAUUAGCAUUUAUUUCAGCAAGACAAAAAGUAUUACCAACAGAAUUUGAUGUUACACCAGUUGCCAAUAUCAUUAAUAAUGCAAGAUUGAGUGAAUUUUUCCUCAACUUGGCAACCGAUUUGGACGUUAGAGAACCAAAGUUACCAGAAGAUAUCUUCCAAUCUCAUUUGGAUAGUACUGGUUCAACUGUCCCAGAAUCUGCUCGUAUUAAUCUUGCAACUGGUUUUGUAAAUGCUUUUGUUAAUUGUGGUUUCUUGACUGAUAGAUUAAUGUCUGAUCCAGAUAAACAUUGGGUAUUUAAAAAUAGAGAUUUAGGUAUUUUAAGUACAGUAGCAUCACUUGGUAUGAUUAAUUUAUGGGAUGUUGAUAAUGGUCUUAGUAAAUUGGAUACCUAUUUGUACAAGACUGAUGAAUUUAUAAAGAGUGGUGCCAUUUUAGGUAUUGGUAUGCUCUCUUCUGGUGUACGUAGUGAAAUGGAUCCAGUAUUUGCAAUGAAUAGUGAACAUAUUACAAAUCCAAAUUCAAAUAUUAGAAUUUGUACUAUUCUCAGUUUGGGAAUAGCAUAUGCAGGAACAAAAAGAGAAGAUAUAUCAUCAAUGAUAACAUCAAUUGUUGAUGAUAGUUCAGUUGGAAUGGAUUUGGUUGGUAUUUCAGCAUUGGCACUUGGUAUGAUUUUCAUUGGCUCUUGCAAUGAUGACUUGUCAACUCUGUUUGUACAAACAUUGAUGACUCGUGACAAGACUUCAUUAUCUAGCACUUUUUGUCGUUUCCUUUCUCUUGGUUUGGGUCUUUUGUAUUUGGGCAAGCAAGACGAAGCCGAGUUGACACUUGAAACCCUCAAAGCCAUUGAAGGUGCUCCAGGAGAAUACGCUCGUCUUACUGUAGAGUCGUGUGCCUUUGCCGGUACUGGUAACGUACUAAAGGUACAAAACAUGUUACACUUUUGCUCAGACGGAAAGGAGAAUCCAAACCAUAGUCUUGCCGUUCUCUCUAUUGCCUUGAUUGCCAUGGGUGAAGAGUUGGGUGGUGAGAUGUGUUUGCGUACCUUUGACCAUCUCCUCCAAAAGGGUAAUGUCCACAUUAAGCGUGCCAUUCCAAUGGCUUUGGGUCUCUUGUCUGCCUCUAACCCACGUAUUGCCGUCAUGGACAUUCUCUCCAAGUUGUCUCACGACCAAGACGUUGAAGUCUCUCAAGGUGCCAUCCUUGCUCUCGGUCUCAUUGGUGCCGGUACCAAUAACGCCCGUGUAGGUGCUCUUCUCAAGGCUCUCGCUGUAUUCUAUGCCAAGGAAACUCAUCUCUUCUUUGUUCGUAUGGCUCAAGGUCUCCUUCAUCUUGGAAAGGGUACCCUUACUAUCAACCCUUAUCAUUCUGAUCGUUCUUUAUUAUCACCUGUUGCCCUUUCUGGGUUAUUAGUACUUUUACAUGCUGGAUUAGAUAUUAAAAAUUUGUUAUUUACCAAAGCUCAUUAUUUAUUCUAUUCAAUUGUUUGUUCAAUUUAUCCACGUAUGUUGAUGACUUUGGAUGAAAAUUUGAACCCACUUCCAGUAUCGGUACGUGUUGGUCAAAGUGUAGAUACCGUAGGCCAAGCUGGUAAACCAAAGACCAUCACUGGUUUCCAAACACAUACUACCCCCGUUUUAUUAGGAUACAAUGAUCGUGCCGAAUUGGCUACCGACGAUUACAUUCCAUUAUCUUCAGUUUUGGAAGGUAUUGUUAUUUUAAAACCAAAUCCAAAUGCUUCAAUAUUAUCACCAACUGUUACUAAAGCUUUGGGAUGUGGAUGUAUAGGAUUAUCAACAGGAAUUAUAUUAUUAAAGAGUGGCAAGGUGAAUAAUGUUUCGAUUUGGUCUCGUGAUCUACCACCCAAUACCACAUCAAACAAAGCAGCUGCAGUUUGGUAUCCAUUCCUUUCAAAUCCACCCGAUAAAGUAGGAAGAUGGUCUCAAGAGACUAUGGAUUACUUUAAACUACAUAUCAUCAAUGAUAAAAAGAGUGGUACCCUUGUUAAAAAAGUAAAUGAAGUAUUUAAACGUCCAAAGAAAGAAGAUCCAGAAUGGAAACCAUAUAUACCAUCAUUUAGAAGAAUUAGACAAGAUGAAUUACCAAAAGGAUAUGUAGAUGGAUAUGCAAUUGAUGAUGGUUUUGUUAUGGAUACUGAUAUGUAUAUGGAUUAUUUGGUUGAUACUUUUAAAUCACUUGGUGGUGUCAUUGAUCAACGUACAGUUGUAGAUAUUCGUGAACCAAUGGUUCAAGCCAACAUUGUCAUUAAUUGUACUGGUUUGGGAUCACGUGAAUUAAUUGGUGAUAGAACUAUUUAUCCUGCUCGUGGUCAAAUCAUUGUUAUUGAUAAAACUACUGAAAGAUCUAUUUUUGAUGAAGAAGAUUAUAUUGCAUAUGUUAUACCAAGAAUUACAAAUACAGUAUUGGGUGGAACUAAUCAAGAACAUGAUUAUAAUACUGAAAUUAAUGAAAAAGAUACUGAAGAAAUUCUUGACAAGGUUGCAAAUAUCUCUGAAGAAUUUCAUAGAAAAAAUAUUAAAAUACUUGGAGUAAAAGUUGGAUUGAGACCAGCAAGAGAUGAAAUUAGAUUAGAGAGUGAAUUCCAUCAAGAUGGAAGAAAAUUACUUGUUCACAACUAUGGUCAUGGUGGAAGCGGUUUCACUGUUAGUUGGGGUUGUGCAGUUGAGGUUUUGAAACAACUUGAACAUAAUAUACCAAAAUUAAAACUUGAUUCAUUACCAAUCAUUCAAAAAUCGAAUGAAUUAAACUCUAGAGUUUAG